AUGGCCACGUCGCCGUUACCACGUUGGGCGGCAACGCCGAGCCCGUCGCGCCCGCUGUGGCGCUCUUCCGAUGGCGGCGGCGGCAGCAACUUCCUGCGUUCCCCAUUUGCCGCCGUCGUCGCGGCUCUCCAAGGGCGUGCCGCCCCCCCCUCCACCUCCGGCGCCGACACCACCGCGCCUCCUCCACCUCCGGCGCCGGCGGACCACGUCGCCGCCGGGUUUGAUGGCAUCGAGCGAGAAGGCGACGACGACGGCGGGCGCAGGAUGGAGGAGGAGCGGUUGGGGGACGGCGUGUUCCUGACGUGGGAGGAGGUGUGGGUGACGGCGGUGGACAGCAGGGGGAAGCCGGCCACCAUCCUCAACGGCGUCAGCGGCUGCGCGCGCCCCGGCGAGGUGCUGGCCAUCAUGGGCCCCUCCGGCUGCGGCAAGACCACUCUACUUGACACCUUGGCUGGAAGAUUGGACUCCAACUUGAAGAUGAAAGGACAAAUUUUAAUCAAUGGACGGUCCCAGAAACUUGUCUUCGGAACAUCGGCAUACGUUACUCAAGAGAACAUGUUAAUGGCGACGCUGACGGUGCGCGAGGCCAUCUACUACUCAGCCCAGAUCCAGCUACCGGACACCAUGGCGACGGCGGAGAAGCUCGCGCGCGCCGACGACACGGUGAGGGAGAUGGGGCUGAGCAGCGCGCUGGACACCCGGAUCGGCGGGCGGUCGAGCAAAGGGAUCAGCGGCGGGCAGCAGAAGCGGCUCAGCAUCUGCCUCGAGAUCCUCACGCGCCCCCGGCUGCUGUUCCUCGACGAGCCCACCAGCGGCCUCGACAGCGCCGCCUCCUUCCAUGUCAUGAGCCGCAUCGCGAGGCUCGCCGCCAGGGAGGGCAUGGCCGUCGUCGCCGUCGUGCACCAGCCCUGCAGCGAGGUCUUCGAGCUCUUCCAUGGCCUCUGCCUGCUCGCCGCCGGGAACACCAUCUUCUUCGGCCCGCCUUCCAUGGCUGCCCAGUUUUUCGCGUCAAACGGCUACCCUUGCCCUCCAAUGAGGAAUCCAUCGGAUCAUUUCUUAAGGACUGUGAACAAAGAUUUUGAUAAGGAGAGUGAAGAAAGACAGAGCUACAUGCCAGCUGUUGCAGAUGAAGCAAUAGACAUUUUGGUGAACUCAUACAAGUCAUCCAACACUUCGGAAGUUGCAAAGCAGGAAAUGCGCCACAUAAAUGAAAUGGAUCGUGCGAUGAUUGGAAGAAAGCGAGCUGGUUUUGUUACCAAGACACUUGUUCUUACCAAACGUUCAUUUGUAAACAUGUAUAGAGAUAUUGGAUACUAUUGGUUACGAUUGGCCAUCUAUGUUGCCAUAAGUGUUUGCCUUGGUACCAUAUUUUACAAUGUGGGCUAUGGACCCGAUUCAACUCGAGCUAGGUCAUCAAUGCUAAUGUUUAUUGGCACCCUGCUAACUUUUAUGGCAAUUGGAGGGUUCCCCUCCUUUGUGGAGGAUAUGAAGAUCUUCGGCAGGGAAAGGCUAAAUGGGCACUACGGAGUGACCACAUUUGUCAUCUCCAAUACGCUAUCAUCAACACCAUACCUUCUCUUUCUUGCUGUGGUACCUGGUGCAAUUGCAUACUAUCUCACAUGCUUACAACGGCAAAUCGACCAUUUUGUCUAUUUUGCACUAGUGCUGUGUGCAUGCACAAUGCUGGUUGAAGGCCUAAUGAUGAUCGUAGCAACCAUCGUACCAGACUUCUUAAUGGGGAUUAUCACUGGUGCUGGCAUACAAGGUGUUAUGAUGCUCACUAGUGGAUUCUUCCAACUUCCCAACAAUCUUCCAAAGAUAGUGUGGAAAUACCCAAUAUACUACAUAUCAUUUCACAAAUAUGCACUUCAGGGGUUUUACAAGAACGAGUUCUCAGGGUUAGUUCUCCAAAGUAACCUUGAGGGUCCGAAAAUAGUUACCGGUGAAGAAGUUAUCGCCGAGUUAUUUCAAGUGGAGACAGGACAUUCAAAAUGGGUGGAUCUUGCAAUACUUUGUGGAAUGAUCAUCACCUAUCGGGUACUGUUUAUAGUGAUUAUCAAGGUUCUUGAUAUGGUCAAGCCCAUGCUUAAGGGGGUGACAUUUAGGUGGCGCCCUAAAUGUGUUCAUGGCAUGGAGAACCUUUGCGCUCCUCUAUGAUGCUUCUGAUUCUGAUAAAAUGGAACUUUUCUAGCUACUAUCUUACACAUCUAUAUAUCAUCUAUAGUGGUCAGCAAAAACUUAACAUGCAUUAUAUUAGUUGAGCCACCUCAUCUAGAUGGAUAUUACUUGAACUAGAUGGAUACCUAGCACGUU